GCGACGGACAAACCUCGCCGCGCCCGCGCGGCGGGGCGGAGCCAGUAGUGGUACGGCCCCGCCCUCCUCGGCGCUCCGCAGGUAGGCGGCGGGCGCGGGCUGCCCGGCGCUGCUCCAGGGGCAGCGGACGGGAGGGGGAGACCGCGGCUCGGCGCCGCCCGUGCCGGGCGCCGCAGCCCCGGGACGCGGCCAGGCUGCACGGGGCGGCUCGAACGGGCGGGACCUGGUCGCAAGGAGCGCUUCCGGGGCACGGCCUGACCGCGAGGCGGCUCAAGGGGCGGGGCCUGGCGGCAGAGGCGUGUUUAUGGGCGGGGCCUGGCGGUGCAGCAGAUCCUCUGGUCGCCAUGGCAGCCACCAGGAGCGUGAUGAGAGCUGUCCGAGUGUUUGAAUUUGGUGGCCCUGAAGUGCUUAAACUCCAGUCAGAUGUGUUAGUUCCUGUUCCAAAAGAAAACCAGGUAUUAAUUAAAGUCCAUGCCUGUGGGGUGAAUCCUGUUGAGACGUAUAUUCGUUCUGGGACUUAUGCCAGGAAACCGGCUUUACCCUACACUCCUGGCUCGGAUGUGGCUGGGGUGAUUGAGAGUGUUGGGGAGCACGUGACUGCGUUCAAGAAAGGUGACAGAGUUUUCACCCUUGAAACACUUUCUGGAGGAUAUGCAGAGUAUGCAGUUGCUGCAGCCAACAGAGUCUUUCCUUUGCCAGACAAACUGGACUUCAGGCAGGGAGCAGCGAUCGGAGUGCCCUACUUCACUGCCUACCGGGCCCUUUUCCAGAAAGGCUGUGCCAAAGCAGGGGAAAGCGUGCUGGUGCAUGGUGCUAGUGGGGGGGUGGGACUAGCAACAUGUCAGAUUGCCAGAGCUUGUGGUUUGAAGGUUUUGGGUACUGCAGGAACUGAGGAGGGCAUGAAUAUGAUUCUGAGAAAUGGUGCUCACCAAGCCUUUAAUCACAGAGACCCGAAUUACACUGAGAGAAUUAAGGCAUGCACAGGGCCGGGAGGAGUUGAUAUCAUCAUAGAAAUGCUCUCUAAUGUCAACCUGGAUGCUGACUUGCAGCUGCUGUCCUGCGCAGGGAGGGUGAUGGUUGUGGGCUGCAGAGGACGCAUUGAGAUAAACCCAAGAGACACAAUGAGCAAGGAGUCCAGCAUAAUUGGAGUGAGUCUGUUUCUUGCAACUGAGGAGGAAAGGCGUGAAUGUGCCACAGCAGUCCUUGAUGGCAUAGAAGCUGGCUGGCUGAAACCUGUUGUGGGCUUGGAAUAUCCCCUGGAGAAAGCAGCCAAGGCUCAUGAAGACAUUAUUUGUAGCAGUGGUGCCCGAGGGAAGAUGGUGCUCCUUCUGUAAAGGAGCACCUUUUUCCAUUUAUUUUGCAGCUGUUCUAAGCUUACAUGGUUCACUGAAUGUAUGUUACAAACAUACCUUUGAUCAUGUUUGACAGUAGCAGAAAAUGCUCACUUAGAUGAAUUAGUUAUUAUUUUCUUUUUGCAAUGAGCAGAGUUGCAUUUACUGUAAAGUAAUUUUGGUAGCCUUUUUGAUUGAUGUGGAAAUAAUAAAUUUUCUCUGCUGGAACGGUUUGUGCUGCAGGGAAUGGUAGGGUUUGGUAUUAUGGUCCAUGUGAAGGCAGAGUGAGGCCACUGUAGGUAACACAGAAUGAAGAUGCUUUUUACAGAUACACGAAAAUAAAUAACUCACUAUGUGUGUUAAUUAUAACUGUAAAUUCUUUUAGCCACAAAAUUUGUACUCAAAUUUUGUACUCAAAUUUUGUCACAUAAUUUACUUGAAAUAAAAUCUUUU